AUGUCAGGGCAACAGAUCUCGUGUUAUGACCAGCCAUCCUGCAGCGACAAGAUGCCCCCCAUUCGCGUCUCAUCCAAUCCGCACACCUGCACGUGGAAGGACUGCGGUAAAUUCUUCGGCCGCAAACAGGACCUUAAACGCCAUUAUGCUAUUCAUACAGGCGAGGCGUCAUAUUUCUGCGACUGGGAUGGCUGUGGCAAACGUUACUACGCAAAGGAUGUUCUCGAGCGUCAUCGUGUCUCUCAUACCGGGGAAAGACCACACCCCUGCCCCGACUGCGAUUUAGCGCUCAGUGACCCCAGUGCUCUCAUUCGUCACCGCAAGCGCUUUCAUGGCUACAUCGCUGCACCACGCAGGGCCAAGCAGGCGCGGCCCAAUAACUCGCCUGAAAAAUCUCUGGCUGUCGCCGAAGUCCCUUCACCAGCUUCGGAAAAUACUGAGAGUGAAGGCCAUGAACCUGGCCCUGCAAACAGGAAAGACAUUGGUCGCUCUCGUUCACUGACCAAUCAGCUUGCCGCAGAGGUGAAUGAGGUGGCAGGACACGAGUUAUUAUUGCCUUCCAAGACUCGGCCAUCGAUGAGUCCCCAACCACAGGCCGACUCCAACCUACACACAUCCCAGUACAACAGUGACAAGAUGCACCCCAUUCCUGUCUCAUCCAAUCCGCACGCCUGCACGUGGAAGGACUGCGGUAAAGUCUUCCGCCGCAAAGAGGACCUUAAACGCCAUUAUGCUAUUCAUACAGGCGAGGCGUCAUAUUUCUGCGACUGGGAUGGCUGUGGCAGAAGUUACUACGCAAAGGAUGUUCUCGAGCGCCAUCGUGUCUCUCACACCGGGGAAAGACCACACCCCUGCCCCGACUGUGAUUCAGCGCUCAGUGACCCCAGUGCUCUCAUUCGUCACCGCAAGCGCUUUCAUGGCUACAUCGCUGCACAACGCAGGGAGGUAGAUAAGGUGGCAGGGCACGAGUUAUUGCCUUCCAAGACUCGGCCACCGAUUCCCCAACCACCGGCCGACUCCAACCUACACACAUCCCAGUACAACAGUGACAAGAUGCAUCCCAUUUCUGUCUCAUCCAAUCCGCACACCUGCACGUGGAAGGACUGCGGUAAAGUCUUCGGCCGCAAACAGGACCUUAAACGCCAUUAUGCUUCUCAUACAGGCGAGGCGUCAUCUUACUGCGACUGGGAUGGCUGUGGCAAAAGGUUGUGCAGAAAGGAUGCUCUCGAGCGUCAUUAUCGUCUCGCUCAUACCGGCCAGAGACCACACACCUGCCCCGACUGUGAUUCAGUGUUCAAUCACGCCAGUUCUCUCCUUCGUCACCGCAAGCGCUCUCAUGGCUACAUCGCUGCACCACGCAGGAAGGCCAGGCAGGCGCGGCCCAAUAACUCGCCUGCGGAAUCUCUAGCUAUCGCUGAUGUCCCUUCACCAGCUUCGGACAAUACUGAGAGUGAAGGUCAUGAACCUGACCCUGCAAACAGGAAAGUCAUUGGUCGCUCCCUCGCCCAGACUCGAUCUCAACUUCCAGCAACUGACGAUGAUAUCGAAUCCCGGCUUGCCUCGUCGACUGAGGACGAGCUCGCCGCCGUGUUUGCACUUCUGAAAUUCCCUCAAUCUGUUGUCAUUAUGGAGCCUCGCCCCUCCAACUCCCUCGGGCCCAAGACAAAGGGAAGGCUACUACCAUCCAUGGACAGCGAGCUUGGGUCAAAAUCAUUUGGCUCGCGAAUUGUUGAACGCUAUUCACCGGCUUCGGAUGCUACAGAUGAUUCUGGCUGA